AUGACAGACUUUUAUAGAUCGCGCAAGAAGCGUAACUUCGAGAACAAAGAGCUCUCAGGACCAGACUAUGGUAAAGAAAGACCAGCCAAGCGCUUUAUGCCUACUCAAGAUGUCAAGAGAGCAAAAGACAUUCUAUCCUGCAAACCCAGAAAAUAUACCACCAGUAUUGCCAUUCCUAGUAGUAUCAUUGACAGUGCACCUACCAUUGAAAUGAAGACGAUUCUAGCUGGUCAGAUAGCUCGUGCGCUUGUCAUCUUCUCAGUCGACGAAAUUGUGAUAUACGAGGAUAAGAUUCAAAAGAGUGAAGCCAAAAUCAACCCCAACUUGUUCUUGGCUCGAGUCUUUCAAUACAUGGAAACCCCACAGUAUUUGCGCAAGCAAUUGGUGCCCAUCAGCCCUGAUCUCAAGUUUGCUGGACUUUUACCACCAUUGGAUGUGCCUCAUCAUCCCGGCAUGGAGGAAUACACACUCUAUCGUGAGGGUGUCACUUUGGACAAGAGCAAUCAAGAUUCAGAUUCAACAUUAGUCGAUAUUGGCUUGUUUAGAAGAGCUCGCAUUGAUAAAUCAGUGAAACCCGGCGUGCGUGUUACAGUAGAGUUGAGUCAACCCAUUUCAGCUGCUGAUACUCGCAAGGGACAGAAGCCAAUGCCUGGCAAGGUGGUGAGUCCUAAGGUGCCUCGUGAGAAGACUGGCCUAUACUGGGGCUACAACAUUCGUCUGGCAUCUUCUUUCUCUCGUGUAUUGACAGAAUGUCCUUAUGAAGAUGGAUACGAUUAUUCUAUUGGUGUGAGUGAUCGUGAUGCCCAAGAUAUGUACAAUUGCGAUUUAGACAAUAAGGUCAAGCCUUUCGAACAUUUGUUGAUUGCAUUCGGCGGCCCGGUUGGUGGUCUUCAGGAAGCUAUUGAGGCAGAUCAAGAUCUGAAGGUCGGGGGAGAUGAUGCAGCCGAGUUAUUUGACAUGUUUAUCGAUCCCAAUGCCAAAAGUGGCACUAGAACUGUUCGCUUAGAGGAAUCCAUGAUGAUGGUCAUGUCUGUAUUAAAACCUACCAUUGCAUCCAAAGGCAAAUAA